AUGGAUCAAUAUGGUAACGAUUUGAACAAAAAUGAUUUGCUGGAAGAGCAUGAAGUUGUUAGAAGUUUCAAGAAAUAUUAUUUUGUAGACAAAGAUGAAAUGCACAUAGCUGCCAUAAAAUCUAUAGCAAACGUUAUAAAAAGUAGCUUAACCAAAACGAAUUUCGAACUGUUUAUUAGUUUGAAUGAAGCUAAAUUUAAAUUGAACAAUUUCAUAAAAGAUAGUGAAUCACAAAAAGUUAUUAUAUCUGAGCCACACUCAAAAAGAAUGACAAUAUACCCGAUUAUUUCAUCUUGUGAUAUUUAUCAUCAUUUUGUUGUAAAAAAAUACACCUACAAUGAAAAUAACUUCAGCGACUUGAAGAAUAUCAUGUCUACCAGCGCAAGUGAGUUUCCAAAAAGCUUGGAAAAGAGUUUAAGUAUAAUAGGAAAUAGUAGUCAUAUAAUGUUUUCCAAUAAAAAAACGGUUAUUCUAACGCAUAGUAAUUCUGAGUGUGUAAAAAGUUUAUUAAUAAACGUUGUUAAAAAUCAAAAUAAACAAAUUUCUGUUUAUUUUACAACUACGGAAAAUAUAUGCAAUAAUUAUUUUGAGAAGGACAAAAAAUUUGAUGAUAAGUUUAUAGAAGAUUUAAAAAAAGAAAGAAUCAAUGUAAGAAAAAUUGAUAUUAACAAAGUUAAAAAUAUAUUCAAUAUAAUUGAUUUUGUAGUAAUAGGAACAGAAUUAGUUAUAGAUAAUGGAGGAAUAAUAAGCAAAAAGGGUAUCAAACUAUUAUCUACAUUAUGCUUACUAAACAAAAAGGAAUUUUAUGUAGCUUGUGAAGCAUAUAAGUUUUUAAAAAUAGAAAAAAUUGAAAAUUAUUCUCAGGAGUUCUAUGCAUAUUGUACAAAAAACGUAUCUAACGAAAAUAAUAAUCUUUAUGAAUUUGUUCCUCAUCAUCUUAUUACACUUUUUUAUACAGAUAUUGGCAUAUUUCCGCCAUCCGCUGUUUCGUAUGAAUUGAAUAAAAUAUAUAUAAAUGAUGCAUUUUCAUUUUGA